AUGCUGGAUGUCACUCUAAUAAUUUCAGUAGGCGUCGCCCUCUUGCUGGGAUAUGUGUUGGUCAACCGGAAAAACAAACAUCAGCCUCUCGAGCCACCCCUGAUUUCUAGUUCAAUCCCUGUAAUCGGCCAUCUGGCCGCUUUCAUCUACUAUGGACUUGAAUACUUUGCUUCGCAGAGUGCCAAGAUCCCCUUGCCAGCCUUCAGCCUGGACAUGCUCUUCAACAAGGUGUAUGUCAUCAAAUCUCCAGAGCUAGUCUCAGCUGUGAGACGCAAUCACCGUUCUAUGUCCUUGGAGCCCCUAUUGACCCGCACAUCAGAGUGUGCCGGGGGCAUCACAGGCCCUGGCCUUGAACUUCUCCGUGGGAAGGAAUCUCAGGGCCAGGGACUUGGACAUCACACUGUUACCACCAUGCGUCCUACCUUACUGGGACAGGGACUAGACGAGAUGAACACUAAGAUGAUGGAGUGUGUGCAAAAGAGUGUCCAGGAGCUGAGGACCCAUCGUGGCACAAUUGAUAUCUAUCAAUGGUGUACCCUUGCAAUGACAAUUGCCAGCACUGAUGCUAUCUAUGGACCCCUUAAUCCAUAUAAACAGCGAAAAGUGCGUGAUUCUUAUUGGGAAAUUGAAAACAACCUAAGCUAUCUCAUGAUGGAUUUCGCGCCGUGGUUGAUAGCACGAAAGGCAUGGAAAGGUCGCGAAUAUCUGUCACAUGCGUUCCUGGAGUACUACGAAGCCGACGGACAUCUCAAUUCGUCACAGCUUGCAUACACACGCUGGAAAACACAGCUGGAUGGCGGAGCAAGACUAGAAGAUAUAGCUCGACUGGAAGCAGUGAUGGGUCUUGGAAUCCUCUCCAACACAGUCCCAAGCAGCUAUUGGGCAAUCUUCGACCUGUUCUCACGCCCGGAGCUACUCAAACAAGCCCGGGACGAGAUUCGCCAGCACGCCAUGUCUGUCAAUGCGGAGGGACUCCACACAGUUGAUUUAGCCGCCGUGCAGGAGAAGUGCCCCUUGCUACUUGCGUGUCUGCAGGAAACACUUCGCCUUCGCUCCAACUCAGCCCAGCUGCGUGUGAUGUUUGAAGAUACCAUGUUAGGCGAAUCGUGUCUUGUCAAAGCGGGCUCAAUCCUCCUUAUGCCCUCUGCAGUGAUCAAUCGCAGUGAAUCUGCAUGGGGAAAUGAUGCGGAAUCAUUUGACCCUCAGAGAUUUAUCGACCCAGAAGAUCGGAGGACCAAGGCUUCGGGCUUCAUGUCUUUUGGUGCAUCUCCUCAUAUCUGUGCUGGUCGGCAUUUUGCAACUGGGGAAAUUAUCGCUUUGAUGACUAUGUUGAUUCUUCAGUUUGACAUUUGUCCUGUUGGAGGGGAGUGGGUUGAACCGCCGAUCAAUGUCAAUGCGGUUGCUGCAUCGUUGAGUCCUCCUAUAGGUCAGACUCCUGUCAAUAUUAGUGAGAGGGAGGAAUUCAAAGGAGUUGAAUGGAAUUAUCGACUGACUCCUGGAAAAGGGAGACAUGGGUUGAUCAUUGGGUAG